AAAAGAAAAGCCUCUAAACCCUAAUUCAGUUUCAUCUUUCCUACGCCAUCUUUGAAUUCAAUUGAUUGUCUCUUUGCCUUCUAAAAAUUGUCUCCUUCCAUUUCACUCCUUCUUCUCCAUCAAGCUAUUUCACUCCAUUUCUUAUUCAGCCUUCUUUGUCUACAAUCAGAAUAUGCCAUUUCUCUUCCAUUCCACUCUACAAAUCUCUUUUUUUUCUUCAAAUCCAAGAAUCUAUUGUUCUUUGUUGAAGAUCGAAGAUUGGAUAUCAUAAACUUAUAUAAAACGCUCUGUUGAACCAGAAACUUUGUUGAUCUUUGGUGGAAAGAAGAUCGUUUGGGUAUUGAUAUAGUCAGGGAUCUCAAGGCUUAGCCGCCGCCGCUGCCUCCGGCAAUGGCGGCUAGGGUUCCGGCGGAAGCCGUUACUCUCUCUCUUUUUGUAACAACACAUCUGAUUUGCAACUUCUAUUCUGCCGAUUUCGUGCUCAAACAAAGGAUUCAGUGGUGCCUCUCUUUGAUUCACUCUCAAAAAAUGAUCUUAGGGAUCUUUUGUAACCAGCUUUGUUGAUUUGUUAUCACGCUUCUCUAAACCCCAAUUUAUGGAACUGUUAAAUUGCUUCUCUCUAAUUUGUCAAUUGUCAUGAUUUGUUACCACAAUUUAAAAAGUUAAAUUGAUGCAAAUUUUGUAUGUCAGAUUGUCAGUCAUGUACAACUGGUACUCGGAGGAACCAAUUAAUGGUAGCGCUCAUUUUUGGAACCUCUGUUUAAUUAGUUUUGCAGGUGAUAUCAAAUAAGAGAAUGUGUUUAUUGCUUUGAUACCAAAGGAUGAGACACAAUUAUCUUGCACAUGAGUUUUUGGUUAGAAGGCUUCGAUCAAGGAAAGGUUAGAGUGGUUGUGAACGUUUGUCCAGUGAUUAUAAUGUUUCAUAUAAGUAGGUGAGGAGAGAGGUUGAACUACAACAUCCGGAUGAUUAGCAUUUUAUAUACUACAGGGGAUUUUGGAGAUUUAAUCUAUAACUCAGAUAUAUCAGUUGGAAAUUUUAGAUGGCUCAGAGAAAGAAUUGAAAAGCGCAUUGAAAAUUAUUCAAGUGGGCCUGAAGAUGAUUCUGAUACGAUGAAGAGAUCUGUGACAGGUGGCAAUCAAAGGAAGCUUCAUAGAGUGUGGAAUUUUUUCGGAGGUAAAGAAGUUGUUCGAUGGUGUUGCUCAUUUCGGGGUAGGAAAAUGGACUCAUAUAAGAAAUCCCUUUUUUCAUCAUCAACUCAUCAAACACCUAUACAUUUGAAGGACAGAUGGCGAAAUCUUUUGAAGGCAAGUCAUGCGCUAAAAGGGAGUAGAAUAAAGAUUUUAUGAAAACGACAACUUACGACUUCUCAGAGGCGAGCCCUUUAAGAGAAAGUACAUGGGCUUGCAAAGUACCCAAAUAAGGUACGUCAAGCAUAGCCUAUGCUGAUUGCAACUACAUCAUUUCUAUCAUACAUUGAGCAGCUACCACGUUUAUUUUUUAUAUCGAAUGUUGGCGUAUUGUAUUCAGUAACUUAUUUAUUUGUUAAUAUUUCAGACAUUCUCUCUUUCAAUUUGUAAGGCAUGGAUUUAAUAUUAUUCUUCCCUAAAAUCACUAUUUUGGUUU